AUGGAGUCCCCGUUCUCCCCCUCCUUUGUUAUCUUCUCUGCUCUCACUUCGUCUCCCUUCCUGUUUCUGUCUCACUGCUAUCAUUGGUUCUACCCGGAGGCUACGCCGGCCUUCCAGGAGGACAGUUCGGCCCGACGAAGCAGAGAGCCCGUCAAGAUGAAGCGCUCCAAGGGAAUCCACGUGUUCAAGAAACCAGCUUCUCCAAGAAAGAAGGAGAAGGAAUUCCAGGUGAAGGAGAAGGAAAGAGAGAAUGAAAAGGAGAAAGAGAAAGAGAGAAGGAGAAGGAAAAGGGCGCCGAAGGAAGACAAAGCCGCCAAAGAUAAGAAAUCACAAGGAUCUGACAGGCAGCCGACGUGGUUAAACCAAUGGAAGGAGAAGAAGAAGAAGAAGAAACCGACAACAGAGGCAGAGCCCGUCCCGGUGGGAAAGGUCCCCACCUUCAGGCCCAUCUUUGCGCCUCUCGCUGAAGCCGUGCAAGAGGAACGGCUCUGUACGACCGGCCUCCAGCUGCCCGCUCCGUCUUCAGAGGAGUGUGUGGACUACAUCGAGAGUUACGGCAUGAAGUGUGAAGGCAUCUACAGAGUUUCAGGUAUGAAGUCCAAGGUGGAUGAGUUGAAAGCAGCGUACGACCGGGAGGAGUGCCCCUGCCUGGAGGAGUACGACCCGCACACGGUGGCCAGCCUCCUGAAGCAGUACCUGCGCGAGCUGCCGGAGAACCUGUUGGGUCGGGAGCUGGCGCAGCGCUUCGAGGACGCGUGCGGUCGGCAGGUGGAGGCCGAGAAGAUGGCGGAGUUUCACAGGCUGCUGGCCGAAGUGUCGCCGCAGAGCCGACUUCUCCUCUCCUGGCUCGUCACGCACAUGGACCACGUCAUCACCCGGGAGCUGGACACCAAGAUGAAUAUUCAGAACAUCUCCAUCGUCCUCAACCCAACCAUACAGAUCGGGAACCGUGUUCUCUACAUGUUCUUCACACACGUGAGGGAGCUGUUUGGAGACGUGGUCCUGAAGCCGGUGGUGCGGCCGCUCCGCUGGUCCAACAUGGCCACCAUGCCGGCGCUGCCCGAGACCCAGGAGAGCGUCAAGGAGGAGAUCCGACGACAGUUCCUGCUGAACUGCUUGACCGGGGACUGCAGGCGGUGGUUGAAGGACUUGUCCAAAGAGGACCUCUGGGAGUGCAAGAGAAUCCUGACUGCUCUGAAACGCAAACUGAGGGAGGCCCAAGCAGCCAGAAAGCUAAGCCGCCGGCAUCGUGCCGAGCACUUCCGGAGGAAGCUCGGCCCGCAGGUGGAUGUGGAGGACCUCGAGGUGGUCGAUAUGGACGAUCUGGACGACGUGCCAUUCGAGUUUACCCUCCCGAGGGACCGGGUGGUCGCCUUUGCGGAGGGGGAGGAUGACGAGGAUGCCUCGUUGUCCGACACCUUUGGUUCCGGUGGCCAGGAGGGUCCAGCAAUCAGGUCUGCGCGGCUGGACUUCCCUGCAGUGAUGACCCUGGCGGCGGAGCAUGUAGGCUUACCGCUCCCCUCACCACUGCCACCGCUGCUACCGCUGCCACCGCUGCUACCGCUGCCACCGCUGCCACCGCUGCCACCGAGGCCUGUAAGCCGCCUUCGGCAGGGGUUUUACCUUCGUCUCGCCCCCGUUGCCAGAUAUCUGGCAGUGUGUGGAGGAGACGUGGCGGCAUCCACUGAGGACGAUGGCACCAGUAGCAGCCAUGUUGGGCGUCAUCAGGGUGCAGGGCUGCUCGGACACGAGGAGGCCGGACCAAAACGCGAGACGGAGGGAGAGGCGCCGGCACGGUUGUCCCGUGCCUGUAGCGCCCUCCACCUCUUCGGCCCACCCUGUGGAACCGGCGUACCGGCACUCACGGGGGCGAGCUGCCCGACCUCUGCAAACUCCGUAGCAGCAGAGAACGGCCGGAACAAAAACACUCACCUGAACCAGGCCAUCCACGAGGAGCAGGAAGCCAUCUUGGAGCUCCGCGUGCAGCUCCGCCUGAUGCAGAGCCACAAGCUGCAGCAGGAGCUGACCGUCCAGCCGCCGGCAGAGCAACCCCCGCCCGCUCAGCCCAGCCCAGAGCCCCGCGCAGAGGAGCAAACCAAGCGCUCCGUUGUGGCCGUUGUCGCUGGCGCAGAAGUUGCUGCCUCAGCCAAUGGCAAAGCAGCAGUUAAGGAUCCUUCAAAACCCUCACCGAACAAAGACAGGAGGGACACCAACAUGUGAGACGUGUUGGUGCUGCUGUACGUCUCUGGUCAGUUGUCCUGUAGAGUCACUGGAGUCUCACUUUGCUGGAGUUCCUCAGUAAUAGUGUCCACCAAGUGGCUGGUAUGUCUAAGGCGUCCUGACUCUUUAGCAAACACAAAUGAUAAUAAUACAAAUUAAAAUAGCUCUAGUCGACAAGUGGCUUCUAUUGCGAAAGACCAGGUGGAGCGAAUCAAAUCCACAGUGCCAAGCCUGUAUGGAGAAAUGAAGGGAUACAUAAGUAGGGGAAGGAAGACAGUCAGGCACCUUGCCAGUAUCAGACAUAACGUUUAUUCUUUCCUGGUAAGGUCUCAUGAAACAAACACAGACCAUACCAUAGUCCCUGUAUCUCACUAUGUCCCUCACCUUAAUGCAAAUUAGACAUUAGGAGCGAGACCACUGUGCCAUAACCGAAGAUGCCAGAGAACCACUAAUACAAAAGCUCUUUGAAUAAUGAAGAAUUUAUGAUUGGUCUGUCUAUAUAUUAUAUAUUUAAGUAGUAUUCUGAAGAAUACGAUGACUAUUCGGAAAAUGCAUUGAUUUUAAGUUACAGCUUUUUUUUUAGUAAUAUAUGAAUAUGUAAAGAUAUAUCGUAGGUGCUUUCUUUUCUUUGAACGGUAGAUGCACACAAGCACAGUGGCGUUGUACCUCGCAACUGACCAGUGGAUGAAAACUAUUAACGGCAAACAAUCGCGCAACUAAAAGAUAAAUCAUCACUGGAAAAUGUAGACAAACAGCUGGAGGCCGCAUUGUUACAGUCACACUUUGCGGUGGUGUGCAAUCAUCUUCUCUGCCUCUCUUGCACAAACAAGAUUUAAUGAUGAAAUAUCAAAUCUGUAGUGAUGAUUAUUGUCGCCAAAAUGUGUGCGGAGACACGGAGGCUUGUCUAGUUUUGUUCAUGUCUUUUUUUUUUUUUUUACUUGAUGUUCUGAGUUAUUGUUCAUGGCAUCAGUUGGAAGUGAGUAAAACAAACCCUCAAGAUUACAAGUCAAUCAUUUCAUUUCACAACUGAUCCUUGACGCGCAAAGUACUGUCAUUGUUCAGUGAUAUUUAAAGCAAAGGCAUGACCUGACUAACUUAGCGUUUGUGUAUAUCAUUGUAAGAUUGCAAACAUACUGUAUUUUCAGCUCUUGUGUUUUGUCAUGUUAUUUGUCUCGUUAUUAAUGACCUGUAUGGAGUAUGCUAGUGUGAAUGCCCCUGCUUUGGUUGCGGGUAAAUCAAGCAAUCUCAUCUGGACUCAUGAUUCUCCGUGUUAUUAAUCCUGUGACUGAAACAAAUACAUGCUAGUUUGGGCUCAGAAGCUUCUCAUGAGGUUAUUUUCAUAUUGUUCCAAGCUUUUUGUAGCUUAUUGUUGCAGACAAAAUAAUGCUGUGAAGAAUAAAAAUGUCGAUCUAAUAAAUGUACUGCAUAUUUG